UCCGAGCGGGCGCUCUCUCCUGAGCAACUCGGGCUGGUUGGGGUGUGCGGCCCCGCGGAGCUCAGCCCUCUUUCGGGAGGCGUGGUUCUGGCUGCUGUUUCGCUCCCGCUGGACUGAUUUUUUUCCUGUUGCAUUCCGACACACAACUUCGCAGCAGUCAGCUUGUUGACUUUUCAGAUUUGCCGAAGAGCGAGGUUCUUUUAGCGGGACUGCUGAAAACGGGCUUUUACUAAACAAGACAGCGAUAACUAGCUGAAGAAGAAAAAAAGCCUGUCACCAUGCCCGCGAUUGACCUGGACACUUACAGCCUGUCGUUAAUAACAGCUAAAGAAGACAUACAGAACCCCAGGUCCUCUACCAACUGGGCUUUAUUCUCUUACGAAGGAUUUACCAAUAAGGUCAAGCUCACUGACUCUGGAGCGGGCGGUGUGGCAGAGCUUGCAGAGAAGUUCAACAGCAGCCGGGCCCAGUAUGGACUGUGCAGAGUGGACACUCCAGGACAUGGUCAGCCCAUGCUUGUCAUGAUUAACUGGAUUGGAGACAGUGUGGAUGAGAACAGAAGGGUGGAAUUUGCCAGUCAUGUUCCAGCUAUCAAGACAUUUUUCAAAGAAGCUCAUGUCUUCAUCAGUGCAAGAAGCCCUGCUCAGGUAACACCAGAUGCAAUCCAGGAUGUCAUCAGCAAGAUUGUUCCCCCUUCUGAAAGACUGAAAAGGCAGGGUCGUGUGAGAGAGUCUGAGGAAAUAGUGGGCACCAAUUACAGAAAAACAAAUGCAGCCAUGGAGAUGCGUAGGAUUAACAGAGACUCUUUCUGGGCCAGAGCUGAGCGUGAGGAAGAGAGGCGCAAAGAAGAAGACCGCCGGCGUAAUCUGGAGGAACAUAAGCGCUGGGAGCGGGAGAGAAUGUUGCAGGAAAAGCGUGAGGCAGAUGAGAGGGAGAGAAAACUAAGCGAGAAAGAGAAGGCCCUAGAGGAACAGAGGAGAAUUCAGGCUAAACUGGAGGCUGAGGAACGGAGAAGGGAAAAGGCCAAAUGGGAGCAGCAGCAGCGAGAACAUGAAGAAGAAAUGAGAAACAGGUAUCGUCGGAGUGAAUCCAUUGAAAAGGCAGCGGAAGCUGCAGCUCUGGUGUCACAGAGAACCAUGAAUCCACGUGAAUUUUUCAGACAGCUCUCCUCAUCUUCCUCCUCCUCCACUUUUUGUAGCUCUCCCAGAAGUCCUGGAACACCUACUUCAGGAAAAAGCCCCUUUCGACGUUACCAGAGGAGUCUUACUGACACAGCUUUUAUUUUUGGCAAGCCAGAGAGCCCUAUCUCUCCAAGGAGCCCCAAGCCAACAUCACCUGUCUUUUAUCCCAGCAGCCCCUUUAGAAAAGCUUCUUUAACAACAGAUACUAACUUUAAGGAAGCAAUUAUAUCACUCAGCAGCCCACCCAGGGCUGAGGCCAGCUGUUAUGAAAGUAUCUCACAACCUCAGAAUAAAGUCCAAGCAAAAGAGAAUAGUCAUGCACAACCCAGUAUUCCAGCCCCUCUUCACCUGGUCUCGGGGGCUUUCAGUGCCAGCCUAGUAAUGUCAAAUCCUGACAUGCCACUUACGCCUCCCCCCACAAUAACAUCUAACAGCACGAGCCUUCACCUCACAAAUCCUUCCUCUCCUUCUUCCUCUGUUGUAGCCACUGCCAGCCUUGAACCCACACCUCCUGCUACACCUCCCCCUGCCCAGUCAGUUAGCUGUAGUAUUGCUCAGAUUCCUCAUGCCACACUAUCUUCUGCUAACACAGCUAGUGGCAACCUUGUCCAGAUACCUCCUGACACAAUUGUUUUCUCCAACACAGUCAGUGCAAACCUCAUUCUCACAGAGCCUUCCUCACUUACUGCUUCUCCCCCUCCCUCUUCUAUAGUUAGCAGCCAUGUUGACCAGACACCUGUCGUAUCAUCUUCCAGUACCAUACUGAAACAAGAUAGUACACCAUUCAAAUCUGAGCUCAUUGACCAUAAUCUACUGCCUGUCUCUGAUACUGGCACCAGUGUUACAAGUGUGAAAUCGUAUGACACAACUCACACUUCGGUGCAAAACAAUGAAUUUAUGAAAUAUGAACGUGAAUGUGCUCGGCAGGAAAAGUUUCAGGAAGCAGGCAUGUCCUCUGGAGAGCACUGGCUUGUACAACGGGAAGAGAAACACAGUGAUAUUAAAUGUAUUUUAGAAAAAGAUAACGCCGAACUUUGGAGAGAAGAGAAACAAGAUGUGGAGCAGAACGACAUAGCUCAACCAGCAGAUCAAGAAAAUGUCAGUCUGUUGAUAGAGAAGCUCGAGAUGGUAAAUGAGAAGAGGAUAGAAAGCAAAGAAUCAGAAGACAAGCAGGAAGACUUGCAUCAGAAUACAAAGAGUCCAGUUCUUGUGCCCUUGCUGGACACCAUUUUAUCUCAAGAGAAUUGUCCCAGUUUUGAAAAACAGAUUGAAGCUGUGGAAGAGUUUCAAACACAAAUUGAAUCUGUGGCUCCCAUACAGAGGCAGAUGGAGGAAGUGCAUGAAAUGAGUUCUGGCAAUGAAGAGAACAGAGAUGAAGAGAGCAUUCUUACAGAAAUAAAAAAUGAGAUUUUCGUGCAGCAGCAAUUUCCAACCACAGAUAUGGAACGUAUUCAAGAAUAUGAAGAGGAGAGAGAAGAAGAAGAUUUACUGCCAGAAUCUCACCAUGGAAUUCUAAUGCAGCAGCAACUUCACACAGGAUUUGAAAGUUUUUCUGGUGACAAAGAAGAGUGUGAUGAAAAAGAUGUUUUACAGAUAGAAGCCAGCAACAUUAUAUUUGUGCAGCAACAGUUUAAGACGAUUGAUGAAAGAGAAUCCGAAAAUGAAGAUGAAAGUGAUGAUGAAGAUGCUUCACUGCCAGAAGUGCACAAUGUGAUUCUUGUUCAACAACAGCUUAAGACAACUGAUGAAAGAGGGUCUAUGGAUUCAGAAGAAAUUGAUGGUGAAGAUACUUCACAGUCAGAAGUGCACAAUCUGGUAAUUGUGCAGCAGCAAUUAAUGAUGACGGAUGAAAUUAGAUCUGAAAGUAAAAACAAAGAUGCAGAGGGCAAACCACAAAAUAUAGAUCUUGUGCAGCAACAAUUUACGACACUGGAAGAGGAACUUUCCAGGAAUGAAGAGGAAAUUUUAAGUGAGGACAUUGUUGAGGAAACAGGAAAGAAAUGCUUUGUACAAAAUUGGGAGAACAGGGUAGCAGAAACAGUCAAUGAGAUGAAGACCCCCAACAAAGAAAACAUCCAAAUAGAGGAAAGCUGUCAUCAGCAACAUAAUGGCACACCAGCUCUUGUUAAUAAGGGGAAGGAGAAAUAUAACCUCCAGAGUCCAACUGAACCUUGCUGGAUGCAACAUGACCUGCAAACCACCACUUCACCUACCUGUAUCCAUGCACAUAGCCCCAGUGAUUCUGAUGAGGAUGAGGAAGCCAAUGGAGAGGAGCUCUCUGAAGAACAUGAAACAAUGUUGUGUGCGCGGGCAAUUCACAGUUAUCAAGCAGAUGAUGACUCCAAGCUAUCGUUGCAGCCAGGAGAUGUCAUCCGUGCUGUGGAAAUUGUGGACCAGACCUGGUGCUGGGGAUACACUGAAGAUGGUCGCCAGGGACUCUUUCCUGCCACUUUUGUAGAAAAGCUUUAAAAAAUAGAUGUGGGAAUGUCCCAAUGUUCAGACGGAGUGCCUGCUUGCCAUCUAAUUCCAUGACAGAACAUGAUGUUGGUGUUAAUGCAGCUGUCUUCAUUUGUGGGCUCACUGACCAUUAACUCUUAAACUAGAGUGUACAUGCUUUUAUCCUAAUAGCGGCCUUGAUAGCUGUCACGAAAGAUAGAUUUAGAUAAUAACAUGCAAGUCUGGCACUUGCCGGAGCCCCGGUAGCUUUUUACUCCCAGUAUAAUGCCACAGUAGCUGUUGCUAUUGUAUUUUAUUAUGCUAUAAACAUUACUGUGUAUUUUUCUGUAUAGCAAUACAAGUAAAUAGGAGGAGACUAGUUACAUCCAGUUAAUGCUUCCACCCUUACUCUCUUCCACUGUGCAAUAAGGCACCCCUCUUAGCUGCCUCACCCUGAGAGUCAGUGGUAUUACUAUCAUCACUUAAUCGUCCAUAGAUUAAACCUGGGGCUUGAGAAAAAGAACUUAAUGCAACUACAACAUAUUAUUCAAUUUUGCAGCAGACCAAAAUGAACCCUGCAGCUACGCAGAUCCAUAUGGACUUCUCCAAAGCCAAGCCACUGCCAUCUUUCAUGCAGAACUUUUCAGAUGAUGUGGAAUACAUUAUUUAUGACUGGGCAAUUCUUUCACAGCCUUCUAUUUGCUUCAUAUUCCUGAGUCUGCCACCAUUCAGAAAAGAUAUGCUGCAGGCUACAUUGCCUGAAAUUAAGAAUUCACAGAUGCAUAGAAUACUUGUGCUAAAUCUCUAAAAUAUGCUUAAAGCAUAUGAUUAGAAAUCUUAACAGAUCAAAUAAGAACAAAUUAAUAUAAAUUCUUCAUAUGCUCUUCUACUUAUACUGUAUCUGUUCUUUUUCAAUGAACUACAAACACCUAAAAAUUAACAUUACUUUCACUGUUGUAGAAAAUUUUGAAUGUGGUAUUUCUUUCAAUAAACCUUUCACAUUUUUAUUUCCUGGAAUUCCACUUGAUCUGUGACCUUGAUGGAAAUAAACCUGUCCAGAGUGAUGAGUUAAAACUAACCACACAUUGACAGAUUUAUGAAUGUACAUCAUCAAAAAAAAAACCUAACUGCCUAAUUAAAAUACAUUCAUGCAGUGUUGGGAAUUGGCCUUUCAUUACGGCUUUGCUUGCAAUGAAAAUUAGCGCUCUGCAGGGGUUAGAAUCAUGAUUGUCCUGAUGGGUUUUUUUUUUGAUAUUGUCAUUGUUUACUUGCAUAUAUGUUGGUGUGGUGGCACAGUAGUUAGAGUUUACAGCUCACAGCUGAUCACUGUAGUCACAUUGCCACCUUGGUCACGUGAAUGUUCUGCAGGUUCAUUGGUUUUGAUGAUGCUAAAUUGUUCCAAUAUGAUGGACUGGUCUGCUUUCCUGGAGUGGUACCUGCCUUGCUGCUAGCACAGGCUUCCGCGGACUACAUUCCUGAGUUAAAAUAAGUGGGUUCAGAAGACGAAUGAAACUAAAGUUGUUAAUGAAUUGGACAACAAAGUAAGUAAAAUGUGAGGUGUUAAAAAUCUUUCAUUCUUACACAAAUAAUGUUAAGAAUUUAUGUUUUUUGUGGACCUUAAUGUUUUCAAUAGGAAGUGUGUCUUCCAGGGCUUUAGUAUAGCCAGAUUUUAAAUAUGUGCUAGGUUUCACCAAGAUCUUAUAAGUAAUGGAGCUAAGGUGCUAGCUAUCAAAGGAAUUGGAACAGGGAAGAAGACUGUUAUUUUUGAUGUAAGUGCCAAAGCUAGGAUGCUACAUUAGCUUUGAAGUGGCCUCGUUUCUGGAGUUUAAAGUAACACUUCAGGAAGGUGAGGUCUGAAUGUUAUCCAACAACAUUCUAUUUUGGGACUUGGGAUGCAUGUCUAGUGGCUUUCUUUUAGAAAGUGGGUAGGUAUUCUAGGAUUGUAAAAUUUCUGUAUUAUCAUAAUUUUGGGUAUUGCUGUAUGCAAUGCACUAAGCUGCUUACAGACUUCUUCAUAUAUACUGUAUUGACAUUACAACAUUGCUCAGAUUUAGACCAAGGGUAUCAGUCUUCUUGGGUAGCUACAGUACUGCAAGCUUCAUUCUCUCUGCAUUCUGAAUUAGUAAUUACUGCUGCUAAUGGAACAUUCUGUACUUCUUUAGUUGACUUGCUUUUUCAAAUUUAUAACCUUUAAAUGUGUCAUUUUUCUCUAACCAGCAGUCAAACAAUAGUGAGAUGCAAAUGACCAGCAAACAUGGUUCCAUUUGCACAUUUGUGUUCCUCAUAUAAUAUCUAUUUCAAUAAAAUCUCUGAUAAUAAAAAUGUGAAUGUUGGAAAAAUAUCCAUCCAUAAGCCAUAUUUAUAGUGCUUCCAGAAAAAAUAAAACCAAUAGUUUAAAAAAAUUCAGAUGUAGCAGAAUGAGAGCAAUAGCAAAAAACAGAAUGAAAUAAUGCAUUUCAUUGAGAGCAAGAAUCAACCCCUAAUUAAGAAACAGGUUGACGAGUUGAAAGCCCCCAGUUGGCUGAAUAUCUGCUGGCUGUCACUUGAAUUCCAAUUGUUCUGGCUGCUGAUUGGAAAAAAAAGACUUACUUAAACGGUAAACAUUUUAAAAUGCCAGUUAACUAAAAAUAAAGGUGAAAUACUUAAACUCAAUGAGCAGCAGUAAUUCUUUACUAAUGAAGAAGUGGCUGUAGCUAAAAACCUGCAUUUCCUCUAGAAUCUGAACUUGACACCCCUGAUUUAGGUGAUGUUACAUUUUAUACAGGCUGCAAAAACACAUUAUAGAGAAUGGGAUGCUGGUUUUAUUAUUAAAUAUACCUAAUGUACCUACAUAAUUUUUUUUCUGUUUCAUAAGAAUACAAAUUCUUCACUAAGACAUAUUUGCUUAGUUACAGAGUAAAAUGUCAUAGGAAACAUGAGUGAACAUUAAUUAAAAUGAUUGCUCAAAAUUGUCAGGUAAGCCUAGAAUUUUAAUAACUAAUCUUUUAAUGUCAGAUGGUAGAUUAACAUCUAUACUUGCUUAUGCUAAAAUAUUACAAAGGAGUAAAGUAUCAAAGUCCAAAAACAUCUUGUUAAUGCAGCAUAUUAUGUUUUACAGUAAACUUGUUAAUACUUUGAUUCAACUUUGCCUUCAAAUAUAUAUUGGACAAUUUCAGAACCCCACCACAAAAUUGACUGACAUCACAAAAAUGAUGUGGGUGUGAGGUUGGUGUCUCCUUCAAAUUUUUUUAAAUAAAGUGAGUUAGAUGUGAUGAUAAAUGUAUAAAGUUUGCUACACUUUAUCUUUAGCAUUUUAUCAAAACGUAUAUGUUUAAUUUCUACUGAAGAUCUGUACCUUCUACAUAUUAAGCUACAUUGUUCUCAUUGGUGACAUUUGUAAUUGCUGCUGUGAUUACAGUGAGACAAAUAUUUAAAUAUUUAUUAAAUGUGUGAAGGACAAAAAAACUGCUAGGACCAUGUCCUCAAUUGAAUUAAUGUUUUUUGUCCAUAAACAACAUUACCGUGUGCCCAGAAUGAAAGCUAGGUUUACAGUCAUGGUAACAAAAAACAUUGAACUGAAAAAGGUUGAGAUCUCAGGACAUAAAGUCCUGGUUAAUGCAUGGAAUAUAGAUUGAAAUUUGUAAAGAAACUGCCACCACAGUGUAUGUGAGAAUUGGGUUUAUUUUCAGACAGUCAUAACAGAUGCCCAACAACUGUAUAAAUGAUCUUCUUAAAGAAUUACUGGGAGGAGAUGGCUGUUGGUGAAGGCAGGGAGAGCCAGCUCAGGGUCACUUUUCCUUUAUUCUGGUCAGCAGCUUCUGUUCUAGAAGGGAGGUGGUGACACGUCUUUUGAAACCCUUAGCUUGACAAGUCAAGGAGAUAUAAUACUGUAUAUAAUAUAUAUGGAUCUCAGUAAUUUUAUUUGGCUAAAAAAACAAAUGUAUUACAUAAGGAACUGCAGUGACAAGUC